UUUAUUUGUAGCUUGAUUUCCCCCCAUUAACCCAGGUUUCAAAGCCAAACACACAAAAAUGACACAACAUCCAUGAGGAUCCCACAGCACGAGGCCCUCCCUCAGAACUCUUCAAUGUUUACACUAAAUAUUUAUUUCUGUACAAAAAUUUAGACCAUUUUCAUUGUUCCCAAGGAAAUUUGCAUGACCGCUUUUACAUGACCCCAUGAUUUUCCUACAUAUAUAUACACACAUAUAUGUAUUUGAAACAGAAUAAAACCCUUCCAGUUCUGAAGAAUGAAGGUAAAACCCAUCAGAACUGAAACAUUAAUGACAAGAAUUAACUGUAUUUAUUGUCAAUACUGUUGACUAUUCUGUACAUGUAUUUCAUCCCCAUAUUACAAUAAAAACAUUCAGAAUAACUCAGUACAGACUGUGCAACAAGAGAGGAGCGACACAACCUGCAAUUUAAAAAGUGGUAAUAGCAUCAAGAAAGUAUUAAUUAUUAAAUUAAUUAAAAAUGUAUUAUUAAAAAAAAAAUAACAACAAUGAAGGAGAAGUCAGCAGUCUUAACUUUUAUACACUUAAGAAAAAGAGCCAAAAAGUAACAGUUUCUGUUCAAAAGCCUACUCACAGUUCCAUUCACCAGGCACAAAGGCCUAAGGAAUGCACAGCUGGGCUAAACCAGACAAAAAUAAAGUGUGAGAACGGUGGCUUCUCUUUUAAUCACCUAAUAUUUAACUGGAUUCCAAGGAAAACUAAAAGCAGUUUUCAGAAGUUAUAUCAAAGUCAAGGAAUAAUGGAGUUAAGAGGGACAGGCAGGAAAAGACCUGGCUUUAAGGCAGCUCAGCAUUCCUUCACCCGCCACAAAAACGUCCCAGGAGAACCACGGAAUCCCAGACUGGUUUGGGUUGGAAGGGACCUUAAAGAUCAUUUAAUUCCAACUCCCUGCCAUGGGCAGGGACACCUCCCACUGUCCCAGGCUGCUCCCAGCCCCAGUGUCCAGCCUGGCCUGGGGCACUGCCAGGGAUGCAGGGCAGCCCCAGCCUCUCCGGGCAGGCAGAGCAGCGCCAGGGAGGAGCUGCAGGCAGAGCCCACCCUGCUGGGAGAGCGUGUCCCACAGGAAACAGCUCCAGCCAGCACGGCUAAAAGCAGAGGUGGGAGGAUAAGGAAUGUGCAAAGGCAUUUCGGCUUCUCCUACACCAUCCCAACAGGGGGCUUGCUGCAAUUCCUGAUUCCCCAGAACUCCGUCUCUGGGCGUCAUUUACAGGGAGGGCAUGCAUGGGAUCAGCCCAUGGAUGCAGCUGGAAAAGAUCCAAGGAGGUUUUUCCAUGGGAUCAGCCCAUGGAUGCAGCUGGAAGGGACCCAAGGAGGUCAUUCCAUGGGAUCACCCCAUGGAUGCAGCUGGAAAGGACCCAAGGAGGGCAUUCCAUGGGAUCACCCCAUUAAUGAAGAUGGAAGGGACCCAAGGAGGGCAUUCCAUGGGAUCACCCCAUGGAUGCAGCUGGAAGGGACCCAAGGAGCCCCAAAGGGGCAGGUGGGGCUGCAGAGCUGGGCAGGAACACCCUUUACCCAACCCUUUACACAAUCCCAGGAUCACCAAGGCUGGAAAAGCCCUCCAAGGCCACCAAGUCCAACCUGUGCCCGACCCCACCUUGGCACCCAGCCCCGAGCACUGAGUGCCACAUCCAGCCCACAAACACAAAACUGGGAAUUUGAUCUCCUAACUCAGCUUUGGCUCCAUCCCUUUUGCUUUUUAAGGAGUUUCCUGCAGCCCACAUCAUGCACAGGUACCUGUGUGGGAUAUGUGGGUAUGGAAGAGGGGCACAUCCCUGGGAUUCAGCAUUUCUGACAGAAAAACAUUUCACACUCAUUUUAAUUCCCAUUCUUGACAUCAGCCAGCACAGACUUAUCACCAAACUUGCACCAAAGAACCCCCCAUGUCUUCACAGGGUGGGCAGAACAGCACAUUUCACCCCAAAACCACCUCCAAAACCAGAUGAGAAAUCACAUAUUUGCUUGAAAACUUUCACUGCAACUCCCACAUGCACAGUUUAAAGCAAACAGGCACAUUUUUACAAGUGUUUUCAACUUAAAAUCAUAAAUACUGGUAGGUUUUAAAGAAUUAGCAAUUGACAUCAUCUACAAAUGCAUAGGUAUGAUGGUACAGAGCUCCCCAGCCCAAAUUUGUAUUUGUUCCACCUCAACAAGAAUUAAGAGAACGGAAUGAGUUCCCUUCAGCUGCGCAAAAACCAGAGUCUGAAAAACAGAAAGUGGCAAAGGGGAAACAAUUCAAGGAAUGCUCUGAUCAAAUUUCAGGGGGGAAAAAAAAAGUUGCUAACAGAAUCCUGGUUUUCCUUUACUAUAAUAAAUAGCUCUAUAAAAUGUUUGGGCUAAAUGACUUUAGUACCCACGUGUGAGUGCAGACACGGGGCUGCUCCAGCUGGGAGCUGCCAGCCCUCCCAAGGCUUGGCAUUAACCUGGAGCCAUCAUUUUACACAUUCUGAAAUGAAAUGUUCCUGCACUCUCAGCGUUAGCCACGUCCCGGCUGCGUUUCCUUCGGGAAGAUGACAAAGUGUGGAGGGAGAGGAGUACAAAGUACAAAAAAGAUCAAAGGAAAGGCGACCCUGCUGCGGACACACUCGGGUUCCUCCCCUCUGCAAACAGCCAGGACACAGCACCUGCCUGGAGCCGGUGUUAAAUCAAGCAUCGCAGGGUACAAACCUGCCAACCCAGCCCUGAGCCCUGGGGCAGCUCCGGAGAGCCGGGCCGAGGGCUGGAGCAGAAAACCGAGGGUGCUGAAACGUGCAGGGACACUCGACAUGGGCACAGUGACACCGGGGCUGAGCAGAAAACCUGGAUGGAAAACAUGCAGGGACACUCGACAUGGGCACAGUGACAGCGGGGCUGUCCCCAUCCCACACCUACAGUCCCCCAGUCUGAGCUGGUUUUGUUUGUUAACCUCCCCACUUAGACAAGGACAGCACUGAGCUGAAGAUGUCCAAGGAAGGACUCCCAGCCUCCCAGGUAAAGCAGCAUUUUCUGGCUUCAUCCAGUCUCAGCUGAGUUUCGUACAUUUACGAAUAGGAAAAGCUUAAAAAGCCCACCCAGCUCUGUCCUUACCCAAAGUCUGGCUUAGAAGGCUCAGGGUAGUAAAGUGACUCCACUGUGGAUAAAGCUACAAUAGAAAAACUCACUGGUAAGGCCCUCUUAAGGCAAGGAGAGAACUGCUCAUGAUUCUCACACGUGAAAUAAAAAGCUACAGUGACAGCCCCUCAUAAUUCAUCAUUUUUGGCCAUUUAAUGUAUUCACCACAAUAUAUCCACAUCUGGAUUUAUAACCAGGCCACAUCUGGAUUAUCACACAAGUGCAAAGACAUUUUCCUUCCUCAGUGCCACUCCUGGUGCCACGGGAUCAGCCCAGGGCUGCUCAGCACAUUCAUCUCAAUUAGCUGAAAACGACUUUUCAGCCCUAAUUAAUCCGACAGUGACAGCAUGGAAGGAAGCACUGCCACCAGGAGCUUCCCAAGGCCAAGGAUUCCUGGAUGGAGUUAUUUAAACAAUCCCUCGACAGGAAUUCCAGCCAACCACCCCGACACAAGGACAAAUUCAGUAUUUCCCGUCCCAAACUCAGGGAUGCCUGAUAAAUGGCAAAGUGCUUGGAAUGGCAGGGACAGGAGAACUGUAACAAAUUUAUCACAAAUCCUGUUAAAACUUGGGUGUGGGGAGGAGAAAACCCACUCAUUUCCACACACUGGGAGGCUUUUAUACAUAUGUAUCUCUGUUCUAAGGGAAUGGGAAAUAAAGCUGAUUAUGGAGUUAGUUUUAGGCACUUGAGCUGCAGAGGUGUGGAAGGUGCUGGUCAGGUGCAUUUACCACUCACACACCUACACAGUGCUCAGCCUCCCAGAAAGAAAGGAUAUUAAAAACUGAAGCUGUUCACAUUGCCCAAGUUUAUUUUCCACCUCUCCUCACAAUUAAAGACCUGUAUAAUUCCCAGAUGCCACAAGCAGCAUAUUCCAGAGAUGAUUUACCCAACUGAUGAUCUUCUCAACCAAAAGAAACAUUUGAAGCAUCAGAUUACUGAAAUAUGACCUUUUUUUUUUUUUUUUUGCUACUGAAAUGCCAUUUUGCAGCAUUACUUCAAUACCCAUUUCUAAGGCCCCUCCCUUUUGCUAAGAAUGAAUUUCAUGGAGAACAAAGGCAAAGCUUGAGCUUCAGCUGGAAGCCAAGGCAGCAGAACCCCAAGGCUGAAACAUCAGCACACACCAAGGUCACUCUCAGGGGGAGGCAACCCCUGCCCAGCCCAGUGGAAAUCCCUGGAUUUCCUAUGGACAGAGCUGGGAGAAAAAUGGGAAUUCCCCUACAGGGAAAAGAAAAAAAGCUGUCAACAAGGAGCACGUACACAGAACACAAAGGGGUCCAGAGAUCAAAAGAUUGGCUGCUCUUCUCAGUGAUUAAAUUUAAAACAUUUCUGAGCUCACACACGUGCACUUCAAAGCACCAUCACAGCAAAUAUUCCAGGUGAGAGCCUGGAAAUGAUCACAGAGUCUGGAAUUGAUCAUAGCAACCA